UCGGGAAUUUCGCAGAGAUGGAGUUUCUGCAGAAUCAUCACGCGGUCAACACCUCCGAGCCGCCGUACACCCUCGGCACAGGUUCGGUGGGUACCAUCGAGGCGACGAUCCCGUCCGGGCUGUGCGGCGGUCCAACGACGCUGAGCGUGCUACCCGGCGACGAAGUCGCGUUAACUGCCGACGGUAGCCAGCAGAACGAGGAGGCGGCGGCGGCGGCGGCGGUGGCGGCGGCGGCGGCCCUCGGCGCUCUGCAGGGCACGCUGCGCCUCCAGGAUCUGCAGGACGGCUCGCCGGAUGACAUCGAGCAGCAGCAUCAGCAGCAGCUCUCGAGUCAGGGCCAAGUGAGCGAGUUCGGCGCGAGCUUCUGGGUGGACGACAUGGCGGGCUUUCCGUUGCCCCCGCUCGACCUCGACCCGCUGCCCCCUGGCCUCUUCAGCCCAUGUUCGGGCACGUACAACUGGGGCUGCACACGCGGGGACUGCAUGCCGAGGGGUGCGAGCAACGGCCCGAACGGCGAGGGUGUCGCCGACGUCCUGCUAUCGCUCAAGCACGCGGUGGUGCAUCCUGGCAGUCCCACGGCGGGGUAUUACUCCACUGGCCCGUCCACCACCGCUGGCCAUCACUACUCGCCGCAGGAGUAUGUGCAGAAUUUAGGACCCGGCUCGGUGCCGUCGGUAGGAGCUCACUACGGCGCCGCGCCGGCCAUGUCCGUCAACGUCUCCAUGAACAUGACGAUGAACAUGAACAUGCACUCCGGAUACGAGCAGAGCUAUUCGUCAGCGUGGGGCGUGGAGCCGCUUUUGAGUCCCGCCCCGCAGUACAAUCCUGUGGAGGCGGCAGCGCAGACAAGGGUGAAUUCGGUCGCGCCGGCCGCCGCCAAUAGCCUGAUCGCCGGCGGCGGCCACCCCCAUUCGCACCCCCAGCCGCAUCAUCGGCUGCAGCUCGCCGGUGGUGAGCACACGACGAUCUGCGUCGGUACCGCGGGUCCAGCGGCGGCUGCGGUCGCGGCAGGCAUCAACCCCAUAGGUGGCGGUGCUGGCGAAGACAACGGCAGACCGAAUCUCUGCAGGAUAUGCGGCAAAUCGUACGCCAGGCCCAGCACCCUCAAGACUCACCUACGCACGCACUCCGGCGAGAAGCCGUUCAGGUGUCACGCGUGCUCAAAGGCGUUCAGCCAGGCGGCGAACCUGACGGCGCACGCGAGGACGCACUCCGGUGAGAAGCCGUUCCGGUGUCCGGUGUGCGACCGGAGAUUUUCGCAGAGCAGCUCGGUCACCACGCAUAUGAGGACGCACUCGGGCGAACGACCGUACAGGUGUCGAUUUUGCAAGAAGGCGUUCUCCGACAGCUCGACGCUUACCAAACACCUGCGAAUUCACUCCGGUGAGAAACCGUACCAGUGUAAGCUGUGUCUGCUUAGAUUUAGUCAAAGCGGUAAUCUCAAUAGGCACAUGAGAGUCCACGGUGGUUCCUUGACGUGACACAGUCCGGCACCGAGGCUAGCACAGUCCGGCAGUGCGACCACGACGACGAUACUCGACGACAACGGCGGCGCGGCGCGUCACCUGCCCAGGUGCUGUCGAAUACCUGUGAUCCGAUUAGGCAUCAACUCGCCAGAAAAAUAACGCGCACGCCCGCGAACCCGCGCGAUUGUUGUUGCAUCAUUGCAUCAUUAUUAUAAUUCAAUUCGAACGUACUCUCUAGAUUUCUUAGAAUGAAAUCUCAAAUUCGAAAAGUAGAGUGACAGCCAAGUCCAGUGGCGUAGCCAGAAAAAGGUUUCGGGGGGGAGGGCUGUACUUUUUUAUUUUUGACGAGCAACAAAAGGUCAUUCGACAAAAUUUUUCUCACACUUAACGUAACCCAAAAAAUUAAUUUCGGGGAGGGGGGGCUGCAGCCCCAUUGGCCAAGUCACUUGGAUUCGAGCGAUUUCUUAUUCAUAGAGAAUGAAUUCUUCAUUCUGAAUCAUCGAGUGAAUAUUUACACUUGAGACUGAAGAGCGAGUCUGAUCCCAGUAAACAACAAAUAACAGUAACAAUAAUAUUAUAUCAAUGUUAUGAUUUCCCACUCAGCGAUGUUACAUGCAACGCACCUUAUACUACACUUACAUUGUUGAGUAGGAACUACAACAUUAAUGUACUCUUUUAAGAUGAAUCAGCAAAAAUUCUGAUUUUAUCAGUAAAGUUAUUUCACUAAUAAUCUAUGAAUUUUCAGUGAAAACAUUCUCACGCCACAUCUUAUUUUUUAUUGAUUUUUACCGGUAAAAGUGAGAUUUCACUACGAAAUCUGUAAUAUACAAAUUCAUUAUAUGUCCUAAGUAAAAAUGUAACUAGCUAGCCUGAAUUAAAAUCUAGUAGCUACACUGAUAAAAAAUAAUUAAAAAUUAACAAAUAUUUAUUAGGUGAAUACCAUUAACUUAUUUACUUAAAUAAAGAUUCUUUUCAUUUAA